AUGACCCCUCAGUUCGACCCGACUGGCCCAGUUUUCUUUGCUUACGGCACAUUGACAAUGCACGACGAAGCGGACACGCAAAGCCGAACACGCCCGGAGGAAGCUGAGGCGAUCGAGAUUCCACCUCUCAUGGGUAACACUUUAACCGAGGCAGAGCUGCAGGAGUUUUACCCAGAGCUCGCCGAAUGGCCGUGUACAACAACUGCUUCGGAAGACGAGUGUCCAGUCACUUCAGUCCCACCCGUGGUGCCGGCUCCGCUGUCCGUGGUAAUCAUCCUGGAAUAUCACUGCUGGCUCCCUUCGCCCCAGGCUGACCAAGACGGGUGCCGGCAGUACCGGGCGGCACAUGGAGUUCACACAUGGACCGAAACGAUGGGCCCUUCCCGGCUCGUGACAUGGCGUGGAGACCCGCGGGCGUCAACCUGGGAUCAGAUCCGACACGAUGUUCUGGAGGCGAUAGGAAGUUAUGACUCAGAGGUGGCCGACGAGCUCAGAAGUAACGACCGGUACCGUGACUUGUUGUGGGAAGGGACAAUCCCAGACCUCCGAGAAUUUGGCCGGGGUGUUCCAUUCCGAGUCUGCACCGAUGUUUGUUGGGAAAUCUUUACCGGCUAUAUAGCAAGGACAACGGCGACGUCGAAAAUCUACCUCAGGCUCUUCACCAACCGCCCGUACGGGCGCACGGCGGUCAGCGAUGCCUUUUGCAAGGCAAUGCAUAUUCGCCAUUGCCCGCACAGGAACAAUCUGAUUGCCGAACUCGAGCGCCGGUUGCAUACAGAGGCAACCCACCUGGAUGGAAAUUCCGGGCAUAUCCAGCUGAAGGUCAAAUGGGCGCCUGGGGGGCAGAAGUUCAUCAGGAUGUCUGCGGCGGUGAUCCAUGGUUGGGCCAGGGCUAUUGUAUCAAAUCCAUCAUUGGUGACUUUGGACACUCCCCCUGUGGGGAGAGAAUACUUGUGGGAGGGGGUUCAUGCUCAUGCCCAAUUGGAAUAA